CAAGACGAUGGGCAGCUGUUGGCUGUGUUUUAUUAAUAUAUCCUGUUUUCAGAUGCAUUUUGCAGAGGAACCCAGCAUGUGCCUGUUGAUGUCUGUUAUCAUAUAUCUCCUUUACCACAGCCAAUACAUUGCUGCAAAGAGACGUAUUUGUAUUGCAUGCAUGAGGGAUAAUAUUGCCAUCUAGUGGAUAAAUGCUGACACACUGCUUUUCCUGUUGAGAAUUCGUCACAGGCUCCGUCCUAUGGCACCAGGGACGACAGUUGCAGAAUCGAUCCAGUUGUGUUGAUUGACAUGGCCAUAAGAAAGAAAUGGCCUUCCCUGACAAACUUCAGUCAAGCUUGGAGCGAUGCAGAAGAAAAAGCUAGAAAGCCAGCGCACAAGUACAUUGAGAAGCAGCAUGCAGUUGCCAUACACAUGUAUACCAACUCCUUGCUACAGCAUACCAAUGGGAAAUUGGAGAGUGUGAUAACAGCUGGACGCCAUCAAAGCAAGAAUGAAGCAGUUUAUAUCAACCCAUUUCUUUAUUCCGCUCUGAGCGAUGCCAUUCAGGUUCUGAAGCAUAGUCAGGUAACAUGUCUUAGAACCUACUACAGAACACAGACACUUUUACAUUUGAACAUGUUUAACCAACAAGUCCGGUUCGGCUCUUUCAUGUUAUUUUUUGACAAUAGUAGUCUUGAAAGUCGCCUUACAUGUUUUGAGAUUAAUACAUGUUUCGGUGCCGACAUAUCCUAUUACUCUGUUUUGGACCAAAAUCAUCAGGUGCUGAUUCCCCCCUAUGAGGUCUUCAAAGUGUCUCGUGUCCACCCAGUUAUCACUGAGGGCUGUAACAUCACCUACAAACUGGAGAGCAACCUUGACUGUGUGUAUGAUAUAGAAGGCAACAUGCUGCAUUCCAUAUCUGCAUCACCAGUGGAAGGAUUGUGGUGCCUUGUCAUCGUCACUUUUAUGAUCAUCAUCUGUCUUGUGGUCAUCAUUGUAAAAGUGUAUCGAAAGAAAACUGAUCUUCAAAGUGUUUAUUUACAUCCACGCGCAAACUAUCAUUGUGAGGUUGUCACGAAAACACCAUUAUUCAACAUUAAAUAA